CGAUGAUCCUCGUGAGAUGGCAGUUGUUGAACAACUGGCUGAGUUGUGGUGCAAAGUUCGUGAUUGAUUUUGCUGCCUCGAGUACACUUGACAAGACACUGAGCAACGUGAUCACUCGCGUGUCUCAACCACCUUCGACGAGCCUGACAGCCUCAAUUGCAAGGUCUGCAAGGUACUACGAAGUCAGGCCGUUGACUUGAAAGAAGUAAGAUACCGACCUCAAAUUCUGCUCUAGUCUACCACGCCUCACUUUACUUGAUUGCAGCCCCGAUGAUGGAAACGGAGCUCAUUCCUGGUGCGGCUUUAGUCGGAAUGGCGGGUGAGGGUGCUUUCCACCCGUCCUUCUGUUCUCCAGAAGCCGAUGUGAUACUCGGUGCCAAAAACCAUACCCUGUUCCGUGUCCACUCAUGGACCCUCAAAACGACAUCGGGCUGGUUCCGAUCCCUCUUCUCCAUGCCCCAACAAAACCCACUUCCUAACAACCCCGAUACCAUCAAUCUAGACGAAGACGCCUACACACUAGAGAGCCUCCUCCUUAUGAUCUGUGGUCUGCCAAUCAACCCACUCACAACAUAUGACGAGGUUGAUGCAUUAUUAUACGCCGCGGAAAAAUACGACAUGCCGGGGCCUGUGUCGCUCGUACGCGUUCUUAUCAUGACGCCCCCGCUCUUAGAUCAGCCUCUGCGCCUUUACGCAGCUGCAACCCGUUGUGGAUGGGAAGAAGAGGCCAAACAUGCGUCCGCGCAGUCGCUCGCUCUCAACAUCUACGCACCAGAACAUCAACCCAUCCUCCGAAAACUACGCACGGGCGCUGUGCUUGACCUUUUAAACCUGCAUCGCGACCGACGCGAGGGUAUUAAGAAACGACUUAAUGAGCAGCCGUUCGUGACAGGAAGCACGACGGCAUCUUGCCCGCGCUGCAGGUGGAUCAUUGAUCAUCAUACAUGGAGAGAGCUCAAGUAUAAAGUGGUGAUGGAGAUGGAUGUACGCCCGCUAGGAGAUACGGUUGUCGAUAUCGGACUGACGGAGUGGCCCGAGGCGAAGGCGUGUUGGGAUGCCAAAUGCCCCAACAAUGACUGCACGUGUGUGUUGUACGACAAGGUCGAGACCUUGCGUCUUAUUCGGGACUGUAUUGACAGUCUUCCUAAGACAACAUGAAACGCAAUACCCUAUAGAUUAGUCUUGCAACAACGUUUGUAUUAGAUGAACGAGUUUGUGUCCUGGCUUGCUUCAGUCUCAAGACGCGCAACUCAUCUGCACAGAUGUGACUUGAAGAGGC